AUGGCGGACGCCUACCCCGCCAAGCUUGUUGAGGAGCUUCAUAGAGCAAAACAGAGCCUCUCCGAGGUGAUCGAUGAGUGCGUCUUUGUGGAGCGCCAACGCGACCAGAUUGAGCAGGAGUUGACGGCAGAACUAAGGGAACGUGAUCGACUGGUUUCCGACACAUGCGCUUCCUUGGUGUCUUUGACCGAGUACCUCUCGCUAUUGGAACGCCGUGUCAUCCUUCCCGCUUUGGGGACGUUUAGUGCGGUGGUGCGUAAGGUGCCGGCGGUAGCUGGGACUCGCAGCUCGACUCUUGAGCGUGUUGAGGAGAGUCUUAGUGCGAACAAUUCCACCUCCUUUCGAGGCAUAUUAGCGAGAAUGCCCCCCAUAUCUGGUGACAUUGAGACUGGGAUUCGACAGAUGCUGUUAGACACUGCAGACUUUUUCUCCAUUGAAGAGGCUUACGUGCUGCUUCGCGCCCUCCUGGAAGAGAAGGAUAAACUGGUAGAGAAGCUCAAUGACACUUUGCUUCAUAUGAAUGAUGUUGUUUUGAAGCUUCGUGCCUCGCGCUCUGUGUCCGUGAAUCACGGAGAUGAACUUCGGGAGCUGCGUCAAAAAGUGGCGGCGCUCACGCAGGAGCUCAUGCUCCGUGAGGACGAAAAGCGGGGGGUGUUGCAUCGCCUUGCGUUACUUGAGGAGGACCUGAGUAGGGAACGCAAGAGCGUUGGGGAGCUGCAUCGGCUGCGGGAAACCGUGGCGCGUCAGGAUCGAACUAUAGAACUGCUGCGUUUGUCUAGUGGGUCGCCGACGCGGCUGCAGCCAGGCUCUUUGGCGUCGGACAAUAACGGUGCUGCCGUGGGCGGUGUCAAUGAGGAAGAGUUGAUCCCCCAGCUAAAGGCAAAUGAAAUGACAAUUGGAGCGCUCAACAAGGAGCUGGCGAUAUUAGAGGAAAACUACCGGGUGUUGGAGAGGCGCAGUGAGAGGGAGCGGGAGGAACUCCAGUCGGAAUUGGCAGUUGCCAGGCGCAGGCACCAGGCAGAACAAGAAGAGUGUAAUACCGUUCUUGGACGAGUUACGAUGGAACUGGAGCAGUUAGUGGCUGAAAAUGCACAAUUGAAGAGGAGACUCAAGCAGAUGCAUGCCAAAAAAAGCAUUGCUAUCGAAGGUUCAUAG